UGGACGGGGCGAGGUGAUGUCAUUGCAAACUUCACUCCGUCCCAUUCAGACGCGCCGCUUUUUUCUACGCUUGCUGUGAAAACUGAGCAGAAGCAGUGGCUGCUGCAUUACAAUCAGAGCGAGUUGCAGAGCAGUUUAUUAUUUUUUUAUACAUAUAAAUCCGCCGAAAUUUCACAAUCCGUACAAGGACAAAGGGUAAUCUUCUGGAAGCCCUUCGUGGCGAGGGCGAGUGGGGAGAAACUUGGAAAGUUGGAAAAAUGAACCGGAGUUUUAAUAAGUCUCAGUCAUUGCGGUAUCUUGACUGCACUGCCGUGGAAGUUAAAAGCAAGUUUGGAGCUGAAUUUCGAAGAUUCUCUUUAGAUCGACUUAAGCCUGGCAAAUUUGAGGAGUUCUACAAACUCAUUCUUCACAUUCACAGGAUAUCCAACAUGGAUGUGAAACUUGGCUAUGCUGAUGUACAUGGCGAUCUACUACCCAUUAACAAUGAUGACAAUUUCUGCAAAGCUGUCUCCAUGGCAAACCCGCUUCUCCGUGUAUUUAUUCAGAGACAAGAUGAAGUUGACUACAACAGUUAUGGGACCAACACUUUAAUGAGAAGAAAGAAAGCGGUGGUAACUCUUCGAAAUGAUGUCAAUCGCAAAAGGCCACAUAUCAGCAUCAGCAUGCCACAAGAUUUUCGACCAGUCUCUUCAAUCAUUGAUGUUGACAUUUUGCCAGAAACACACCGUCGAGUGCGUCUUUACAGACAUGGCUCUGACAAGCCCCUGGGUUUCUACAUUCGGGACGGUACCAGUGUCAGGGUCACACCACACGGUCUAGAAAAGGUACCGGGCAUCUUUAUUUCCCGUAUGGUACCAGGAGGCCUAGCAGAAAGCACUGGCUUGUUAGCAGUAAACGAUGAGGUUUUGGAAGUAAAUGGCAUUGAGGUGACGGGCAAAACCCUGGACCAGGUCACUGACAUGAUGAUAGCCAACAGUCAUAAUCUAAUCAUUACAGUCAAACCUGUCAACCAGCGCAACAACAUAAUCCGCAGCAGCCGUAUAUCUGGAAGCUCAGGUCAGUCUACGGAUAGCGGAAGUUCUACUAGUCACCACAGCCUGCCAGCACCUUCAUCUCUACAGCAGCAUCUGCUCCAAAACUUCCACCCUGAUGACCUGGAAAGUGAUGAGGAAACGGAUAUUGUCAUUGAGAGCAGCCUAAGACAACCGCCACCUCCACUACACAGAUUACCCAGCGCCCCUCCAGUAGGCCUCAGUUUUCUCAAUAACAAUAAUUUAAGUUUCAGGUUACACAGAGACCUGAGCAGCAAUGGCAGCAUCCAUAAACUCUUAAGCACGCUGAAGUCUGAUCCAAGGCACAGCUUGGCCCUGCCGCGCGGAGGCAUAGAAGAGGAUGGGACUGUGAUCACACUUUAAUAUUUUCUUUGUUGGGUAGAAAGAAGAGAACAUUCCAAAGCGGGCUUCAUGUUAUAAUGAGCUGGUAGCCUGAUUGGAACUUGUUUAUUUUUAUAUUUUCCUAUGGAGAUGCCGACCAGGUAUGAUUUUUGUAUGUGUGUGUGUUUUAUAAUUAUUAUUUUUUUUUUUUUGCUAUUUCCAGUGAUAAUAUUGCUGCUAUAAAAAUGGUUAACUUUCCCCAGACAAAAAAAUUGAUUUUAAACUGACAUUUCACAAUGUGCAAAAUUUGCAGCCCAUGCAGGACCAAACUGAAACACUAACUGGCAUCCUUUUAAUUUUUUUUUUUUUUUUAAUAUCACCACAUUACACUGUAGAAUUGAAAUCUUUCCCUUUCCUCACAUGGCCUUACACAUCUUCAUUUGGAUAAUCAAUGUUUACAUUCUUCUUGAAAGGAACCUGAACCUGAAUAAUCUGGAAAAUGGUUCUGGUGUGUUUUGCCUAUCUUCUUUUUUUUUAUGCCACCUAUCAUCUGCUGUCUUUUUGAAUGUCAAUACCUUUGUCUCUAAAAAGUGUGUUUUUGCAAAGAAACGAUCAGCAUGUUUGCUUUAUAAGCAGUACUGGUGUUUAUUUCAUACUUUUUGUGUCUUGAAGAAUUUGUGUCAGAUUAUAACCAGUUUUGAAUCUUCCCUGAACACGUAUGAAUUGUUCCAUGUUGUGUGUUGUCAUACUUCUUCCAAAAAUUAGCACAAAUUGUAUACUAUGAUUUGAGAAAGUAUUAAACUGCACAUUCAAAACACCAACUCAAUGUGUCUUCAUGCAGGCUGUAUGUAGUUCUGCUGCUGAGGCGCAUGCUUCUGUCUAGUAACAACAUGAGAAAAAUGUUCUCUGGAGGCCAGCGCCACCUGCUGGCAAGAAAUCGUAAGUGCAUGUGGCCUCCUUUACCAGUUUUUAUGUGAUGUACUGCUCAGAAAUAUUUGUAGUUAAACGUGUAUUUUAUUUUUAGUUUAUUUAUUUUUUUAAUUCACACAGUUUUACUGGAUUAUUACUAGCACAGAAGUAGAUGUUUAAUUAUGUACUGUAUACUUAACCUUUAUUUCUCUGGGGUCACGCCAGUUGCAGAUAAUUAUGGGCAAUAAUAAAUAUUCAACUUUCAGAACAACUUCAUGAAAUGAAAAAAAAUCAUUGGUACGAUGGACAUGAAUUUUAACAAUAUUUUGUUUUAUUGACUCUUAAAAGAGGUUUUAUGAAGAUGGUUAUUUUAUUUUAGUUUAUAGUGGGUGGGGAAAUGGUCAUGCGUUGUAAUUAAAUGCAUUUCAAAUUAUGAUUUUUUUUUUUUUUUUGAAGACAUUAAUGGCAAACUA